AUGAACUUGAGCAGUUUGGUGCCGCCGGAUAAGCAGCUGACGGCCGAGCAGCAGAGCCACAUACGGGAUCUACAAGACGAGAUCGACGAAAUAUGGAGCCGCCGCGGGGACUACAAGAUCGACGACAAGGCAUGGGAGAAGAUGCCACUCUUCAUGGAGAAUAUCACAGACGAGGAUCUGCAUAAAAAUGCCGAUUGUGCUGCCCUUGCUAGUAUCGCCUACGACGAGGUCCCAGCGGAGGAUAUUGCGGAGAGUAGGAAGCAGCACGGCAACAGGGCUAUUCAGCUCGCCCUCAAUCCGGAGCAGGUGAACAAGGAGAAUCUUGCCCGCGCGGCGGCCCACUGCUACACUGAAGGCUUAAAUGCAAAGUGCAAAGAUCCAGUUCUGAAUUCACAAUUGUAUGCCAACCGCAGUCUUGCGCAGUACAUCAUUCAGAACUUCGGUCAUGGUCUCGAGGACGCACAGCGUGCCAUCAUCCUUAACCCGGAAUAUAGCAAGGCGUACUAUCGUGCUGCACGGUGUGCGGAGCGUGUAAAGAAGUAUGACCUUGCUAUUGACCUUUUGACAAAGGGGCGGUGCACAAACCCGCCGCCAGAGGGCUUUGCGUUGGAGGACUUUGCGGAGCUGGAGCGUGUAUGCCGUGACGGGAAGGAACGAGUACAAAAUGAGGAAAAGAAGAACAGCAUUCGCACACGGGUGAAGGCGGCGGAAGCGUGUGGUAUAAUGCGUGCACUCACAUCUUGUGGCAUUCGUUUGUCACCCAUGCCGGAGGUGAGUAGUGAGCAGAUGGGGUUGUAUGGUCAUCAUCAGCCAUACUUUGACACAGAUGGGCUUUUACACGUCCCUCUCCUCUUCAUGUACGACGAAUACCAGCAGACAGACUUUAUGCAAGAUGUCACAUGCGACGUCAGCACGGCAGAACUCCUCCACGAACUAAUGCCAUUCCCCUGGGACGAUCGCGGUCGUUAUCGUCACAUAGAUGACGUCGUUGUCGUCUUCAAGGUAGACGACGGGGUAAAGAUGGCAGAGUACUACGAGGUGGAUCUGUCAUGGCCGCUGAUGGAACUCUUCCGCUCCGAGUCGUACAAGAUGCCAAUGCUGCUUCCCGUGCUCCACGUCGUCUGCAGAAGCUCCGAACUACUGCGGGACUGGGAUCCCCAGAAGCCACUGUAG